UACUCCAUGGUUAUUUGUUUUCAUUUUGUAGAUUAAAAUGAUAAUGAAUUUUCGUGCAUCGUGAUUUGUUCUUUCGACGAGAAAAUUUGCGCUCAACUUCAACCAGCAGUUAUUUUCGGAAAGUUUAUUUCGCAUUUUCACGCAUAGCUAUUCAAUGAAACUUUACCUCUAGCGUUGAGUUUAUCCUUGAACUUUCAGGUUCUUGUGGUCGUGUGUGAUCUUCGAGCCCUCCCCGUGAAUGCACUCUCAACAUGAGCUCUAGCCAGCAAAUGAAUAUGGAGCCCCACUCUAAUGCACCUAUCAGCACACCAAUGAGCACAUUUCACCCUGAUUCUGGACCGCUAACAGUUAUUUUACCUCCAGACUUGCCUGCCAAUAUGCACCCACACGAAAACAACAGUAACCUAAUGCCACCACCUUCUGUCAGCGAGCCUCCUCAGUAUUUUCAUAUCAACACUAUGUCCUCAGAGGAAAUCCCGCCCCCAAAGCUUGAUUUUUCGGCUCCACCUCCGUAUGAAACGGCUACCAAAUUACCAACUUAUGAAGAAGUACAAAGAGAAAAGUCAAUGCAAGGAGAAAUUCCUGACGUUCCUCCAGCUACUGUACAUAGACCUCAAACUUACGCAUUUUUUGCAAUUGAUGCGGAAGCUGCCAAUCAGGCGGAUGCAGACUCAGGGCUUCUGGGAACAGAUGUUAUGUUUUUUGCUGCUUUUCUUGUUGCAUUCCUUUUCAAUUGGGUCGGAUUUUUGUUGUUUAUGUGUUUUUGUCGAACUGUUGCUGCUCGAUAUGGUGCUCUGGCCGGGUUCGGUCUGUCUUUGGCCAAGUGGACACUCAUUGUCAAAAAUAAUACUGAGUUCGCCUCUACAGAAAAUAGUUGGUUGUGGUGGCUAAUUAUGGCUUUUGGAAUUUUGAUCUGCAUUCGAGCUAUAAUUCAGUACCUGAAUAUCAAACGAGGAUGGAGACUUCUCUCCGGAACAGCACAAGAACGGUUAUUAUUUUUCUAUUGAAUGUAAACACAUGAUUUCUUCUUAUAACUUUUGAGUGAGUUUUUAUGUUUAAAUGCAUGGACUACAGCUCCAAGUAAUUCUAUGUUUUUAGAAGAUUCCAUCAUUGUUUUUGGCAGAGGUUUUUACCCUGGAUAGAGGAAGGUGGAUGUGAUCUGAUUUAUAUGUUAUUUUUAUUUUCUAGACUGAAGGGGAUGGUAUCCUCAUCCUCUCUUAUGUUUAUUCACAAAUUUUUGACUCUAUCAGUUGUAAUUGGUUUCAAUCAGUUUUCAUUCACUUGUUGAUUAUGUAUUUAGAAAACAUUUAGGUUAAUUUUAAAGUUAUGGCAUUUUGAUAUUUGUGGGCGCCUGCGCUCAUUAAUGACAAUUUCCGUAAACCGUUCUUCAAAGGAAUGUAGCGAGUAAAUAUUCUAUCCCUGAAUGGUGCUAAAAUUUGAGUCUUGGGAAGCUGAAUUUAAAGUUAUUACGGUUCAUCACCAUUGCAUUGGCCAUUUUGCACAGUUAAAUUUUAGCACAGCUCACAAGAGCUUCAUAAAUUUUUCAGUGUUAGAUGUUGUGAAACUCAAAAUUUGCAUCAAAUUACCUGGCAUAGUAUUGUCUGGUAUGAGCUUAAGUAUGAAUUUAACUCAGUGAAAUCUCUCUCAACAAUUGUCAAUUUUUUGUAGUAGGUCAGCGUGAAGUGAAAACAGGGUAGAUGAUUAUCGAAGUCAUUAAUUAAGUUAAGUUUGUAUUUUAGUCUUUUUUAAUUUUGCAAUGACAGCAGCAUUGAGGUUUUUUUUAAGAAUACAGUUUUAUUUAAGAUGCACUCUUUUUUAUUAGUGUUAAGCUUCUAUGCAUGUAUAAUUAAGGCUUUACAUGAUCCAAUUUAACGUUUUUCAAUCAUGCAUUGCAAUUAAUGAAGUCAAGAUACUCUCAUGAUUUUAUUCCUCCUGCAUUCUGAUUUAUUUUUCUGUAUUCUGGCCUUCUAUUUAUUUUAUGAGAGUUCAGUCAAUCUCUGUGGGUCGAUUAUUGAAACUGUAUUAGCAGAACAAGACAAAACAUAGCCCUCUCCUAACAAUGCAAUGUAUCGCAUUUUGACGUCUUUUCGGGUUGCUUUAAACCGUCAGUAAUCGGCCGGGAGGAGCCUAACUCUAUUAUAACUUAACAUUUUGAUAUCUCAUUCAUGCCAAGAAUCUCCUCCCAUGCUGUUAAAUAGACAAUACUGCUUAGUCGAUUUAACAAAGUGGUAACAUGAGUUACAGAAUCAAUGUGCUACUUUAUUGACAUCCCUACAAAUUUAACCUUUUGGUUCAUGUGUCCUUUGAUCUGAUAAAAAUUUCUGUCAAGAGUGGAUGAGAGAUUUUACUGUGUUAGAACAAAAUGUGUAUUGCAUAAAAUUAGGUUUAGAGUAAAGUAAUUUAAUUGUUUUCUGAGUAGGUUUUCUCUAAUUUUUAAGUCUUAAAGAGUAGUAAAUGUAUUUCUUUGGUGUAUCUAUCAAGUUAAUCAUUUGUGUGAAUUAUUUAGACCGUUGAGUCGUUUAGCUCUAUAUUUUCUUGUUACUCUGCCAUGUUUAUUCUACGCUAUCCAUAUUGUUUGUGGAUCUCUCUCAAUGCUUGUACUGUUGACUUCUCCUGAAAUUCUUGUUUUUGGGGUUUAUUUAUUUUCUGUGAAUUAUUUUUUUUUUCUCAGGGUAUCAAAUUAUUUAUGAACCAGAAAUUGAACACAUUACUUUUUUUUUAUCUGUACCUACAUUUUUUGUGCUUCAUUAGGUAUGUGAUUACAUAGUGUGUAAGAUCCUACACGAUUUAUUUAUUUAGUUUGCAGCUGCAGGUUUAAUAUCAGCAAUGUGAUCGUUUAAGAAUAACACACUAUCUAUUUGAUGAAAAUGAUCUGGUUUUAAAGCUUGUGAUCUGAGUAACUGAUAAAUGUUAAUUUGUUCAGAAAUGUACCCUCAAUAGAAACACAAAUACAGGGUAUGGGAUUAUGUAUUUUUUUGUUUAAUCUAAUCAUAUAUAAUUUAAUUUGAAGCAUUUUAAAUAAGUUAGUUCAUUCACAAACAUUCUGGGAGACGCUUAAUUGCAAGAACCUUCUUGGCGUUUUUCGUGGAUGGGGACUAGGAACAGGGAGUAGGUCUCGGAUGUUUUCAGUAAAGACCAUUUUCUAAGUUGCAUUGGCAUUUGACAAGAUUGAUAAUUUAUAAAUAAUGGUGGUAUUUCACAUUGUCACCAUUUUUUUGAGCGACUAUUCUAAUGGAAAAAAAUCUCAGAAAUUAUCUGUUAAACGUUUCCCUAUUUUUUUCGUAAUGUAUCCCUUGUCUUUGAGAGAUAGUAUUUCCUAAUUCCAUUCUAUCAACCUACUCUUACGCAGUUGCUAAUAUUUUUUUGUUCCUGUCGGUUUUUGUUUAACUUAAUUUUUCAAGUUGUUUGAUUAAUCGGGGAGAAUCUGAAGAAAUGUAACUGAAACAAUUGCAGUGCAAUUCUACUUUUGAAGGAUGACACGGCUAAGUCAUGUGAAUGAGGCCAAGAAUAGUGAUGUAAAUUCUUCACAGAUUUCUUUCAUUCUUACCAUGAACCAAGUUUUUAACCAGAAAUAACAAAUGUAACUUGAUCUUAACAACGGCUCAAAGCAUUUUCACCGAUUGUUCAUAGAAAGCCAAAGCAUAAAGUUAUAUCUACGUUUUGUUUUCAAUAUUCAUUCAUAUUUCAAGAUAUUUUCUAGAGAUCACCAUCACUGUCAAAGAGGUAUCUCUGAAAAGCAGAAAAGUAUUCCUCUUUAACGUGUCAAGGUUUAUGAGAUUCAAUUUGACAGAAUUCAAGUAUUUUAAAAUCCACUCUUUCGUAUAUUUUUUCUUCAUCCUACUAUGUUCGAAUCUUAUGACCAAGAAGCUAAAAAAAAUAUGUUAUGUCUCUGAUGUGUAAGCAAGGUGAAACAAGUGGCAGUGAACACAUUUUGAUAGGAUUGUAAUAUUUGAUGUUCCUUUAGAGCUUUCUAUGUGCGUCCUCGAAACGAAACACAAAUUUAAAUUUAAAUGAAUAUUUGUUAUUAUUGUUUGGAGAAAGCAGGCUUGCACUGGAAUCUGACCAUUUCCUUUCUGAUCUUUUCGAUAUUCUGUAACCAUUCAAGAUUAUCUGUAGUAGACUACAGGUAAAAACACAAAAAGAGGCGGCUUGCAGGCAGAGUCAGAAGCUAGCAUGUGGUAUUGAGAAGGAUUGAAAUACAAUAAUAUUGGCUUAUUCGAAUAAUCCAGGCUUGUCGAAGCCAAUCAACCUUUAGACAAUAGAUCGAGCCGCUCCUCUGACUUCGCCCCACAACUGCCACUUUUUUUGUUGUAGGUUUCUAGAUUUAUGACAAAAGCAUCUCUUUAUAAUACCUCGGAUCAGUCAGCACCACUCAUUUCUCUGAGAUGAUUCAUGGGUCAUUCUGACAGCUCUCGAGCGCCCCAUGAUAAUUUACUUUAAAAUAAAGCAAUGAAUUGAGAAAUCAAUCAAUGAAAAAACAAGGGAAUGCUUAUCAGGAACAACCUCUCGUAAUGGUUUUCUCUGUGUAUCCCGAUAAUAAUCUUUUCCUCCUUUUACAAUAGCCAUGUUCGGUGACGAGACGUUGCAAGUUAUAUUUUGUUAACCUAAGUUCUGCGUUUAUUAUUUCCCCGUACUAUUCGACUUCAGAAUUUUUCAAAGAUUUUACUGUUUACUUUUGAAUUUUUUUAUUUCUUAAUGCCUGAGUAUGGUUUGAUUAGCUUCAACCAGAAUCAACCUAACUGCAUAACACAUUUUACCCCUGUGUUUAAUUUUUUUUAAAUUUGCAAAAUAUCUUAGCUUAGAACUGUCUGCAUAUUUCUUUCUCGUACAAUUUGAAGUAAUAGUAUACCAAAAAGUAUCAAGCAGAUAACAAAAUUUAAUUAAAUUAAAUGAGGUGUUACGAAUUGUGAAAUGCAGUUGUGCCGAUCCUGAUUAAAGCAGCCCAGUUAUGCUACCAGGUAAAUUCGAUUCUCACUGUGUUUCAAAGAUUUGUAUCUUCGUGAUUGUAUUUUUUUGUAAUUUAAUUUAUUUCAUUAAAUUCAUGUAAGAAUAAAGAUCUUAAUUACUCAG